AUAUUUGUGUCUGUGAUAGUUUCGUUUAUCACAUGACGUGUGAGUGUGUGAAGAGCGUAUCAGAAGAGCAGAGGAGGAAGAGAAUAGUGAAGAAGAAAGUGUAGUGGCGUGGAAAUGUCGAAGAAAGGAGGAAGUGGCGCUUCGUUUCAAAAGGACGUGCCAUGGCGAGCGUCUUCUUCUACUGCGAAACCCUUCCCCAAAAUUCACCACUCUCCACUUCUUCGCGUUUCACAAACACCCUUUACCGAUUACGCCGUCUCCGUCAUGAGGCAUCCAGACCCUAUAGGGAGUGGAUUGGGUGAUGAGGCCAUAGUGGAAGCAGCUGGACCCGACUGCCUCGUACCUGGUCAGAAAAUGCCCCUCCAAUUACUUGGCCUUCAGAACUUUGAAAUACACUUUACAAUCAUUACCAUUUGUCCUAUCAGAUCCUCUAUGUUGUUUGCUCCACAAAUGGUCUGGCCAAUCCAUGUUGACCUGAAGUUUUUGGAACCAGUUGGGCGAGAACUUAAGAUGCUUGGAAAGUUCAUGGAUGAUGCCGUUGAACUAAUGAACAAAUCAUUCGUAGAGCGUUGAUGAUUCGUGUGUUGCGAAGAAAUGAAAUAGUUGCAAUUUGAAUUUUUUUAAGGAAUUAGAAGUAUAGACACUGUAACAUUUGGCUGAUUUUGUAUGUGAGAAAAUUGCAGUGAGGUAUUUUUGUUCGGUACUUAUUCCCAGCUUAUUAAUGGCAAUCAGAAAGUAUAUUUCCCCUUUCCGCA